CUUCACGUCUUUCCGAAAUAACCUGAGACCGAGUUACAGGAGAGUCGCUGCCGGCACGGGUCAGCCGCCUCUUUCUGUUUGAUUACCUUGGACUCCAGGAGGAGCGACUUGUGCCUGGUGACAUACAGCAGCCGUUUCCUGGAGAAACUUCUCACCUUUAAACAGAGGCUCCUGUGGGCGCUGCAAAGACUGAAUGGAGGCAGGACCAAAGGGCUAGGUUUUGGGGGACUGAGGACCGAGGUAGGAAGCUAGCUAAUCCCAGCCCCAGCUCUACCCCUAGGGGCGAGAGGUCGGAGGCUGCUCAUUGCUGUCUGGCGUUUAGGGCCAAGCAUGGGAAGACGGCAUGUGGGACCCAUAGGGCGCAUUUGGGUGAGGUGGGGGUGCCUUCACCACUACUCGGGCUCACCCCUCAGUGGCUGCAUGGUCCAGGGCAGUGGGGGCCUCUUGACACAGCGGCGAGGCCAGGCUUUUGCUGGGAAUACCCGCGGCUGGGCACCCGCAGCGGUUACUUAUUGCCUAAUUUGAUUCAGGCUGGCCGGAUUCUGGUAACUUUUGGGUGACCCUGACGAGGACAAAGCCAGGACGCGGCCUUUGUAUGACAGAGUCCCUGCUCUUCCUGGCUGGGUGGGCAGGAGUCUUGCCCGCCUGGGGCCCUCUGCCCAACUCAGAGGCCCCCUCGCCGGUCCACCCUUCCCUCAGCAUCCCGCGUGUAGGUUCAUUCCCUCUUGAACUAUGCCGGCUUUGGGGGGCUGCUUUCAGGCGAGGGCGAGUGGAGAGGGCACAGGAGGUUAGCAAAGUCAGUGGCAGACAAAAGCUGGGAUUACUUGGGGACAAAGGGGGUGCUGGGAAUUGGAACAACAUUAACAUCUGGCGGGGGGCCCUCAAAUGUGCCUUGGCGAGUCACUUGAUUACACGUAUGUUAUUUAGUUAAAUUUGUGAAAAUUGCGAGAUGCUCACCAACCCGGUGAUAAACUCGCUCCCUCGCCAUUGGCUGGCCUGGUCACAUGGCCGCCCAACUUUAUUCAGUUGACAGCAAGUAGGAGGGCCCUAUGGAAGGAGAAAAAAAGACAACACGAGAAAAAUUAGUAUUUUCUACCCUCUGAAAUUAAUGGCCAUGAGUUCGUACAUGGUGAACUCCAAGUAUGUGGACCCCAAGUUCCCUCCGUGCGAGGAAUAUUUGCAGGGCGGCUACCUAGGCGAGCAGGGCGCCGACUACUACGGCGGAGGCGCGCAGGGCGCCGACUUCCAGCCCCCGGGGCUCUACUCGCGGCCGGAGUUCGGUGAGCAGCCCUUUGGAGGAGGCGGCCCGGGGCCGGGUUCGGCGCUGUCUGCGCGGGGUCACGGGCAGGAAUCGAGCGGCCCCGGCGGCCACUACGGCGCCCCGGGAGAGCCGUGCCCGGCACCCCCCGUGCCCCCGCCCGCACCCCUACCCGGUGCCCGGGCCUGCAGUCAGCCCGGCGGCCCCAAGCAGCCUUCCCCCGGGACGGCACUCAAGCAGCCGGCAGUGGUCUAUCCCUGGAUGAAGAAGGUGCACGUGAAUUCGGUGAACCCCAACUACACCGGUGGGGAGCCCAAGAGGUCCCGGACGGCCUACACCCGACAGCAAGUUCUAGAACUGGAAAAGGAAUUCCAUUUUAACAGGUAUCUAACGCGGCGCCGUCGGAUUGAAAUCGCUCACACCCUCUGUCUGUCCGAGCGCCAGAUCAAGAUCUGGUUCCAGAACCGGAGGAUGAAGUGGAAAAAAGACCACAAGCUGCCCAACACCAAAGGCAGGUCCUCGUCGUCGUCGUCGUCGUCCUCGUCCUCCUCCUCCUCCUGCUCCUCCUCAGCCGCUGCAGGCCAGCAUUUGCAGCCGCUGGCCAAGGACCACCACACGGAUCUGACGACCUUGUAGAAGUGGGGACCCUGGGCCCAUCCUUCCUUGCGCUCCCGGCCAAGCCGAAGCUGCGGGGCAGCCGGGCCUGCUGUCACCUCUCUGGGCUCUAAGGUACUGUGGGGUGGACCUGGGACACGCAGGCCGCCCUCGGACUAGGUUAGCAUCCUGCCGGAGGGCUGCCCUCUCCCUGGAGCAGAGAUAGGGGUGGGAGGGGGCCGGGAUUCUCUAAGCAUAUUAUUAUGUGGCAGGAGCUACUGAAAACAUAAAACCUUGGCAAGUCAUUAAAUUCAUGAAAAUCUCCUCUGUUGGAUUUUGAAUUUGCAAAUGAAGGUUGGAUGCUUUAUCCCAGUGUGAAUUUGGACAUUCUCUCCUACCCCACCCCUCCAGGGAGUUUUAUGGUUUAAUAAAUAUGGGAGAGUCAAAGCAGAAGGUUGGUCACCCUGUGCUAGUUGCUUUCAGUGGAAGCAGGAAAGCUGAGCCAAGAUUUCUGAACUUUCUGGGUUGUUUGUAUAUUUCCCAGUGUGAUAAAAAAUGUUUCGCGCUCAGUGGUCCCGUGCCCAAGGAAACGAGUCUAAGAAGGGAGUGGAAACGGGUUAUUUUAUGUUUAGAUUGUAUUUGCUUAAAUAUUUAUUUGUUGGGGGAUGGAGUACAGAGAUAACUGACACUUUCAUGCCAAAAAUUCUUACGAUGGUGAAAGGGGCAGAGAUUCAGGAACAGAAUCAGAGAUGAGUGGACUUCUGGCUUUAAUCGGCAUUUUGAACACCUCCCCUUCCCUCUCCCUGGAAAUGUGUGUAAGGGGGCCCUUAAACCUUCUAGAGAGAAGCAAAGGAUCCACUCAAAGUUGAUUUCUUGAAAAUAUAUUUUCAUUGGUGCUUUUUUCAGCUCUGUGCUUACAAGCAGUUCUAGGUAAUUAAAGGAAGGGUAAAAAAAAAUGAGAGAGAGACACACACACACACAAAUGGUUCAACAUUUUCCUUCUGGGGAAAGAAAACAAAACCUUUGUGUUCUGGAUCAUUAGAUAAUGGCUGAAUUUUCUGUUCCAAGAGGAUUCCAAAUGCCCCCCAAAUACCCUACAAAGCAGUAUUUUGUAGGAAUUUGUAUAUGACCUAUAUGGGGGAGGGGCUGUGCAGUGGGGAGAAAGUGGGAAGGUGAGGAAGUCUCGUUUUGAGAAAGAAAGAAAAAAACCAUUUGAAUCUAGAAAUUCACAAAGUUGGUCUGAGGGUUUUUCCCUGAAGUUUUAAUUUUUCAAUACAAAUCUAAGGAAGUUUUUCUCAACUCAUUAAUUCGAAGCAGAAAUUGUAAAAGUGUAAGAGUUUUCAUGCCCUCUUCCUUGCCUUCAGAAUAGUGGUUUAAAAACAAUCACUGUCAAAACAACAGAAGCUAUUUUUUAGCUAUUUUUCUUAUGCCUUGCCUGGGAAGGGUUCAAAACUUCUUUUUCUAAAAUGCUGACCCUUAAGGAUAAGGGGAAAAGAGUCAAAGGUAAUGACCACAGUCCAUGUACUCAAAUGAAACAAGGCUUUUGCAGUUUAAGCUCCAAAGCCUUGGGCUCCAAAAUUGAAACCCCUGGUUGUAUCUCCCGAGAAGUGACAAAAGGGGGGAGGGAGAAGGGGUGCACUUGAAAGGGAGAUCCUGAAUGGAGUUAUUUUUUCAGUGCUUCAGAACACUUUAGAAGGUUGCAGAGGUAAUUUAAAAUAUGUAUUUAAGAGGAGGAAAAAAAAAAAGGUUUUCUCUGAAGGCAUGUUCUUUGGUUCCAUGUCUCCUGAGAGCUGUGGGCAGGUAUUCACUGGAGUCCCUAGGCUGAAAUUCCAUUUCUCUAAAGUAUCUUCCAAGCCUCAGUCUUUUGUAUCAGACCCUGGGGACAGCUCUUUGUUCCUCCUGGGGGUGAGCCUGGCUCUCAGACUUGCACAUGGCAAUACUUGAAUAUCGCCACGUCGGGAUAUUAAAGAUGGAUAUUCCUGCAUUAUUCGUAUCAUUGUUUCUAUGACAAAAAGCACAGAGUUCAUACAUAGUCAAGAUGUCUUUCUUCUGACGCCCUCACGUUGAGAAGCUGAAAAGGUAUUUUACUGAAGUUCGGCUAAAUUACAGAAUCAGGUUCAUCCAGAGGACAAAUUUUCUAUUCGAUUAGCUGUAUUUCAGCCAGGAGCUCUGACCCCUAAACCCUUAACCUUUUGGACUCUGACUACCCUUCUCCUUUUUUCCCCCUCUAACAUGGAGAGCAGUCUUUGCUUGUAGCAUUUGAAAAGAGCUGCCAUCCUUAGGCAAGUUGGAAAGUUGGUAAGAUUCGUUCCUAACAUUCGAAUUUGUGAAGACAUUGAACCUUCUCCUUGGGAGGGGGAAAAAAGUAUAUAUUUUCUCAACAUCUGACCACAUAUAUAUUAUAGAAAUUAUCAUAUAGAUUUCUGCCUCAGUUUACUCACCCCAGCUUCAGAACAAAUGCCACAACUCCUUAACUGCCUUCUCCCCCGCCCCAGAGGAAAGCCAAGAGGCAUGUUUUCAUGAAGAAAAACCAAGCUCCUUCUCAAACAUAGCCCCACUACUUUGGAAAGUUAACUUAAUCAGAGAAACAGCUUCUUUGUUUAUAAGAGUCAGCUCUCCUUCUCAGAUGCGAGGGAUUGCCUUUUGAAAUGUUAAUGUAGCUUGGAUGGCCCAGAGAGCAGCCUCCAACUCUGAGGUCCCACUCGGACCCCAGCGUCCAUUUGGGCCCACAGGAGUGGGGGCUGAGAAGGGGCAGGGCCCCCAAUCACCCAGGACUAGGAAGGAAAUGGGUUUCCAUCUGGGAACAUGCUCUGGAGAAAAUUAGAUGUGGAAAGGCUCCAGUGCCCAUUUUCUAUUAUUUGUUUCCAGUUUGUUCUCCCAAAUAUGAGCCAGAAGUGUUUGUUUUGGUGUUAAAAAAAAAAAAAAAAACCUGCAUUGGGUUCCUGACUUGGAGGGAGGGAGUGAAGUGUUUGCUGAAGACACUGCUCCUCAGACUCCCAUUCCACUUUGUCCUUUGCAGCCUUUUGUUGUGAAAUGACAUUGUCAGUCAGCCUCAUGGUGUCUGUUCACAAGAGAUGCUUUUUAAAUGGAAUUGACCAAUGUUUUGCUGCCACUGAUUAAAAUAUUUAUACUAAUUGUUGCCUGUAGUUUUGA